UACCUCCUUCCACCCCUCCCUCCCUUCCUUCCUCCCUCCACUCUACCUCCCUCCACCCCUCCCUCACUCCCUCCCUCCUUCCCUCGCUCCCUCAAUCUCUGAUGGCUCUAUGGGGCUUCCUCAGUGUCAGCCUGCACUGCUGGGUCUGGCUCUGGGCCGGGGCCCCUAUCUCGACCAGCUUGCCCCACGACCGCCCCGGAGGGCCCCUGGACUGGCUGCUGUCCGACAAGGGCCCCUUCCACCACUCCCAGGAGUACACAGACUUCGUUGAGAGGAACCGGCAGGGCUUCUCCACCCGCUACAAGAUAUACCGAGAGUUUGGGAGAUGGAAGGUGAACAACCUGGCUGUGGAGAGGAGAGACUUCCUGGAGUCGCCGUUGCCCCUGACACCAGAGUUCAUCCGUAACAUCCGUCUCCUGGGUCGGAGACCCACCACCCAACUCAUCACUGACAACCUGAUCAGGAAGUAUGGGACACACUUCCUGCUGUCGGCCACGCUGGGAGGGGAAGAGGCCUUAACGAUAUUUGUGGACAAGAGAAAGCUGAGUAAGAAGGCGGAUGUGAGCGAAUACUCUGGCUCUGGCAACUCGUCCAGCGUAACUCUGGAGGCUCUGCACCAGCUGGCUGCCUCCUACUUCAUAGACAGAGAGAGCACCCUGCGCAAGCUGCACCACAUCCAGAUAGCAUCCACAGCCAUUAAGGUAACAGAGACCCGGACAGGCCCUCUCGGAUGCAGUAACUAUGACAACCUUGAUUCUGUCAGCUCUGUUCUGGUUCAGAGUCCGGAAAACAAAGUCCACUUGCAAGGCCUGCAGGUUAUCCUGCCAGACUACCUGAGGGACAGUUUUGUCCAGGCUGCUCUAAGCUACAUUGCCUGUAAUGGGGAGGGGGGCUUCGUCUGUAAGGACAAUGAUUGCUGGUGCAAGUGUGACACCAAGUUCCCAGAAUGCAACUGUCCCUACAUGGACAUCCAAGCCAUGGAGGACAGUCUACAGAGGAUCACUGAGACCUGGGGGACACUCUACAAGGAGUUUGAGGAUUCAGAUGAGUUCAAGACCUUCCUUAUGAGGCUCCCGCAGAACUUCUUCCUGAACGUGUCGACUAUCCAGCACCUUUGGUCGUUGGAUGGCGUGUUCCAGUGGCGCUACGAGCAGCUGGAGAACAGCAUGAGUGUGCUCUUCAGACGAGCCCAGAGAGUGGUGUUCAAGCUCUUCAGCCUCAGCAAGAGGUGCCAGAGGCAGCCUCACAUCCGCCUACCCAGAGAAUGGCCCCAAUCCUACUGGCUGAUUCACUUCCAGUCUCUCCUCUACUGUUCUGAGAACAACCAGCUGGGUUCCUUCUCUGAGGAGCUCCACAGCUGUACCUGCAGCUACGAGCACAGCCCUUGCCAGCUGCCCCCACCAUGUGCCAUCGGAGAGGGUCCCGCAUGCGCAGCCUGUGCCCCAGACAACCACACACGAUGUGGGAGCUGCAACCCUGGCUAUGCCCUAACCCAGGGGGCCUGCAGACCCAUGGUGGCUGAUUCAACAGAGAACUACCUGGGCUUUGAGACAGACCUACAGGACCUGGAGCUGAGAUACCUCCUGCAGAGGGCCGACCGUAGGCUGGAGGUCCACGCCAUCUUCAUCAGCAAUGACAUGCGUCUGAACAGCUGGUUUGACCCAUCCUGGAGGAAGAGGAUGCUGCUGACGCUGAAAAGCAACAAGUACAAGUCCAACCUGGUCCACAUGCUGCUGGGCGUGUCUCUCCAGAUCUGCCUGACCAAAAACAGCACACUGGAGCCCGUCCUCACCCUCUACAUCAACCCCUUCGGAGGCAGCCACUCUGAGAGCUGGUACAUUCCAGUCAGUGAGAACAGCUUCCCAGACUGGACGGCCACCAAACUGGAUCUACCCCUGGAGUGCUUCAACUGGACCCUGACACUGGGCAACAAGUGGAAGACCUUCUUUGAGACCAUCCACAUCUACCUGCGGAGCCGGAUAAAGCUGCAGGGUGCUGGAAGUCCGGCGGGGGCUGUGAACGACAGCCUCUACUAUGAGCCAUUAGAAAUGGUUGACCCUUCACGGAACCUGGGCUACAUGAAGAUCAACAGCAUCCAAGUAUUUGGCUACAGCAUGCACUUUGACCCGGAAGCAAUCCAUGACCUGAUCCUGCAGCUGGACUACCCAUACACCCAGGGGUCCCAGGACACGGCUCUGCUGCAGCUGCUGGAGAUCAGGGACCGGGUCAACAGACUGUCCCCCCCAGGUCAGCAGAGACUAGACCUGUUCGCAUGUCUGCUCAGACACCGGCUCAAACUGACAGCCAGUGAGGUGGUCCGCAUACACGCCUCCCUGCAGGCCUUCAGCAACCGCCUGCCAAACUCUCUGGAUUACGAGACCACCAAGCUGUGUAGUUAACAGCUACUAUGGAAUGACUGGGAGACGUUAAAGCUCAACGGCUACAAGGGGAACUAUUGGACGGCUAUAUGGUAUACUGCUACAGUAGUUUGACUUUCAAUGGUUUGUUGAUUCUCUGGAUUACAAGACCUUAAAUGUAUGUACUUAACCGUUACAGAGACACAAUAAGGACAUGUGAAUUGUGUCUUUUGGCUUUCAGUUGGGUUGUGACUCAAUGACUUGUAAAUUGUUGAGAGAUGCUGGAAGCUGGUGCUUUUUUGUCCACAGAAGACACACAAAAAAUCUGACACCAUAAACAAAAACAGAUCUAGAAAAUCAGAUAUGUAACUCUCUCCACAUCCACUUCACCAUAUUGUUUAAAUACAACCCUGCUCAUUUAUACAGUGUAUACUGAAGCCAACUGGAGGGACCUUUUAAGAUACAUGGUACAGUCUGUUUAUUUGUAACUCUUUUACAUGUUAUUUUGCUUCAGUGACAGUGUACUUCCCAUAACGACCAGAAUACAGUGGUAUCAGUCAGAUUUGUAGAUAACUUGUUAUUAAAACAUGGAUUAACAACUGUGGAGAAUAUUUGUCAAACUUACUUAUAGCCGAGUAACAGCUGUUGUUACAUCUCAUUGUCAGACACAUUUAUUGCAGCAAUUAAAACCACUUAGGAACUGAGUGAAUGAAAUUAAACAUGAUAGCAGAGUUUGAUCAAAUAAUCAUGAACCUCUAUUUCAUUAAUUUAUGCGGUUAAGUUAUGGAUGGUGACCAAGCUUCUCCAUCCUAAUUAAGUAGACUUUGUAACAGGAACAAUUUAAUCAAUAUAUUGUUGUACAGUGAAUGUGUACGGACACACACACCAAAAAUGCAGAUAUGAGUGAACAAAGCUGAGAUUAUUGUAAAACUGGUUCCUUUAGGGUUGUGGCUUAAAAACCCACACAGUACUUUCUUCCAUUAUCUGCAACAGGUUGAAUUGGAGCAGACCAGUAGACACCCCAGCUGCCCUCUAGGACCAGGAGUGAUGGCCAUCCAGUGCACUGGGUCACAGAUCCAUAACUGCAGUAUUCAUGUCAGGUCUAUAAGGUGCCAGAUCUCAUUUACUAACAUGGCCCGUAUCUCAUGGUAUGGCUGUCCAGCGGAGCAGAUGAAGGAGAGGUCACACACCUAUGAAGGUCAACGGCUGUCACCUCCAUUUGUCCGCGCUCCUCUUAUCAAAUCCUGCUCAUAUUAGAAGCUAAACUCGAAAGAGAGUAAUGUGGAUGAAACAGGCUUGAUGCUGAGGUUUUAGUCCAAUGCAUAACUAAAUGUUAGUGUCCUUUGGAUGCAGGGGUGUCAGAUAUUGGGGAAUAAUUGUUUUCAAAACAGCUAGAAAAUGGCUGCCGUGAAGAGAUGAAAGAUUAAGGUUCUGGUUGUCUCUUUGGUCAUUUGACUCCAUCCAGAAUUAUAUAAUUAUUUCUCCAAAAAUCAUCAGUCCACCCUGCCCACCUACUCCUGGUGAGCUCGCCCCAUUAGAGAGGUGAGACAGAGAACAGACAAUAUCUUCACAUCCUCUCACCUCAAAUCAACCCUGCAAUCAAUUAAACAUUUCCCCUUACUAAGUAAUUGAGCUAAAAACACCGGUGGAAUUUUCUGAGUAAAAGGAAAUAUAUGGAAAAUAAAUUCUGUCUGCCCAUUUAUUCUUCAUGAGGUAAAAAUGAAAAGAUCCCCAGGUAUGUGCCUAUAAUUAUGUUUAAUAGCCCUCUGCUCGUUCUGCAAUUACCGGGCUCAGUUCUAAAGCUCGUUCUGGUGCUGCAGAUGCGGCUGGCUGGCUAUAAUACAUUAUUGUGAGUUUGUAAAUAGUUGUAAUUCAUUCUGCAGAGGUCUGGCAUCUCUCUUAUGAGACACUGAGUGGGCAGAGGAGAGGCCAGACUUUGAUGAAGGAACGUCUGACCUUUACUGAGCUGUCAAUCAAAAGUGUUAGAUAUAUACAUUUGUCUUUUGUACAUGUAUGGCUGUCUUAUUGCAACUCGGUUGCGUGUUAUGCUUUCACUGUUCAUAAUACAGUUACUGAACAUGGCAAUAAGACAUGCCUGCCCGUAGGAGAGGCAUACAGUAUAGGGUGUGUUGGUAAAUUCAAUCUUGAGUGCCAGAGUGCGCUCAUAUUGCAAUCUGAGCAUUCUGACCUCACAAUGUCAGUCAAGCACCCAAGCUAACUGGCUAACGUUGCUAGCUACUUCCAGACACAAAUGAGAGAACACCUCACUCUGACCAAUUUACUUGCCCUAGCAGAGCUGGUUAGGCUGUUUUCAUGUUAUCCAGAUGGUUGGCGACUGUAACUGUGCUGCUGGCAUCAAUUUAAUUACACUUUUUUGCAGGUGUUCACUGACAACAGCCAUAUUCAAUGGGUGUUGAGGGUUCGUAAAUUCAUCCGUUAUUACGCGCUCUGGCACACUCAGACAAGAGUGCUCUGAGAUCGGAGUAGAUUGACAGAGUGAAUUUAUGAACACACCCUUAAUUAUUCUCAAACAGAUAAUUAUGAUAUUAUUAUAAAUGUAAAAGAAAGACAUGUUACGAUGUCACAGACACAAUCACAUCAAAUCAAAGUGUAUUGGUCACGUACACAGUUUAGCAGAUGUUAUAGUGAGUGCAGCGAAAUGCGUAUAUUACUAGCUCCUAACAAUGCAGUAAAAUGUCAAACAAGUACACAAAAUAAAAUGUUUUAAACAUAACAAGAAAUCAACAAAUGUCGUAACGAAUCAAUGCAAAUUGCACUGUAACAGUAAUCCAAAUGCAAUGUACACUACCGUUCAAAAGUUUGGGUCACUUAGAAACGUC